AUGGAUUCAUCGAUAGCGGAGAAGAGCGGUGGCGCGUCGGGCGCGACGAAGAACGCCCCACACAAACGCCAGCGCCACACACCCGCAAGGCACAAUGGCGGCGGCCACACCCGGAGAUCUGAGCAGCAGCAGCGGGCGACGGACACCGUCGCAGAGGAUGACGUGGGUGUGGAGCCGUCGCUGCAGAAGUCAAGGACGGAGGCAAAGCCGCAUUCACGCUUCGUGGAGCUGCGCCGCACGUUAGUCGACGGCGCCGCGGUGGCGGACUUNAGUCAAGGACGGAGGCAAAGCCGCAUUCACGCUUCGUGGAGCUGCGCCGCACGUUAG